AUGGUAACACCACAGGCCGACCCGCGCGGAAAGCCUAGGAGCUUCAACUACAUGUCCGGAAAACAAGAGGGUUUGUCUAAUGGUGACACUCACCACAGCUCGCAGAUUUCCAAGCAGGGCGAGAUGAGUAAGAAGGGUGAGGGUGUUGCUGAGACUGCGAAGCUCAAGGGCACCGUGUCCACUAAGCGACCUGGUCCUGAGAAUAAGGAACAGCGAGGCAAGGCUCAGAUGGAUGAUGAGUAA